CGUUCGCGGAUCGCGACGGAUCAACAAGUGCACACAAUAAACACACACAAACACACACAUAUGUGUAAAUAUUACCUGUUUACCUGUUGAGUAGUUAAGUCAAGUGAGGCAAGCAGGGGGAGACACUUGUCCGGUCGGUCAGUUUCUCAGUCGAAUCGGUGCAGUCGCGCGCACCACUCGAGCGUGUUUCGCUUAAGUAUACGCACAUCAUACUUAAGUCAGAUACAAUUUAUAUAAAAUUAUUUAAAUAAUAAAUAUUAAAUACACACUUGUAUUAUAUAUACGAAUUAUAAAUUUAAAGUGUGUUAUAUUUUUGCAAUAAAAAUAAAUUUAUAAUGAAUAAUGUUAAGUCCGGAAGAAGAUGGCGGUUCAGCGAGCCGCCGGAAAAGUGUUACUAUGAAGAUUUGCAUAGAUCUUUACCGGAACCACCGACUGAGGGCAGUGCGAUCGUUGAUUAUUUCAAAGGGAAGACGAUUUUCUUGACGGGCGCGACCGGAUUUCUUGGGAAGAUUGCGAUCGAGAAGUUGUUGAGAUGCUGUCCGGAUAUCGAGGGCAUUUUUAUUUUGUGUCGGGAUAAAAAGGGGAAGAAUAUGCAUGAUCGCACGGAGGAAAUAUUCAAUGAUGUUCUUUUCAGUCGAUUGAACCAGUUAAACCCAAAAUGCCGCCACAAAGUAACUCCAAUCAAAGGAGAUGUUGGCGAAGAAGGUUUAGGCAUGUCCGAGGUAGAUCGUCAAUUAUUGGCAUCCAAAGUAAACGUCAUCUUCCACAUCGCUGCGACCGUGCGUUUCGACGAGAAAAUUCGCACUGCAAUGGGCAUCAAUGUUCGUGGCACGCUGGAAAUGAUGCGCCUGGGUAAAGAGUGUUCUUCGUUGGAUUCUUUUGUUCACAUCAGCACAGCAUUCUCGCAUUGUGUGCGGCAGUUCGUAGAUGAGACAUACUACGAAAUGCCGGUUAAUUAUCAGGAUCUCAGCGCACUUAUCAAGACUAAAACUGAUGCAGAGUUGGAAGAAUUGUGUUUAUAUAAACCAUGGCCUAACACAUACACAUUCACCAAAGCAAUGGCUGAAGAAGUAAUCAAAAAUGAAGCUGGCGACUUACCAAUUGCAAUUUUCCGCCCUUCAAUCGUGAUUUCAACAUACGAAGGUCCUCUCCGUGGCUGGAUCGACAACGUCUACGGUCCUACAGGUGUAAUAACCGGCGCAGGACUCGGAAUUCUCCGUUCCCUAUACUGUGAUGGAAAAAACGUCGCUGAAAUCGUCCCUGUCGAUUGGGUUGUUAACGCGAUGAUAACCACAGCGUACAAAAACUCCAAAUCAGCUAAACUCAAACACAAAAUUGCUAAUACUCUGCAAAUAGAACAUGUUAAACAAAAUGGCGUGAAUAUGGGUCGUUUGGAUGGGCAUGAUGAGAUUGUGAAAGUUGUAGAGCCACCAAUUUAUAAUUACGUGUCUUCUGUGGAAAACCCGCUGACGUGGGAGGAAUACACCGAGAUGAAUCGACAUUAUGGUAUUAAUGUACCGACGAUGCAGGCCUUUUGGUAUUAUAGUUUCAGACUGAACAAGUAUAAACCGAUACAUUACUUUUAUACUUUGUUUUUACAAUGGUUGCCGGCGUUCUUGUUGGAUGGGUUGGCUGUUAUGGUUGGGAAGAAACCACAGCUGGUUAAAAUUUACAAGAAAAUCGACAAGUUUGCCAACGUAAUCUCGUAUUUCUCAAUCCGUCGUUGGUUCUUCCGUAACAACAACAUACAAGACAUGUGGACUGCCCUCUCACCUAUAGAUCAAAAGCUAUUUCCUUUUGAUAUCAAAUUAGUUGAUUGGGAAGCACACAGUCACAUGAACAUCUUCGGUGUGCGGACCUUCAUCAUCAAAGAAGAUCCAGACACAUUACCGGCAGCAAGGAAAAAAUGGCAAAGAUUAUAUAUAGUGCAUCACGUAGUCAAAUUCGCAUUCUAUCUAAUCGUCCUGCGUGUGGUUUACUCAUUCCUGUCGACGAUAUUCAACGUAACUUCACUGUUUCUUGGAUGAUAUAAUAACAUGAUUUAAAUUUACGUAUAAUACAAUACAAUGAGAUUGAAUAUGAUUAAUUGAGAUUAAGUCGUGACCUGCAAUCAUAAGUUUAGAUGUUAUAUUGUGUAAAUUUAUUUUGAAUUUCAAAGUGUAUUCUGAUAUUUUUGUGGACUGUAUACAUGUAUGCAGGCGUGUAGGCAUGUAACUAUAUUUAUAACUAAUCUAUUGUUUUAUUUUAUUAUAGGAAAUACAUAAAUGUAAACUGAUAAUUUAAUAAAUAUCAUGGUAAGAUUCAAAUUUUAAAAAA